AUGGAGAUGAACGGGACGGAAGCUCGAGGCGAGGAAGCGGUGACGCUCGCUUUGAGUGUGGCCGUCACCGUCAUCUCCGCCAUCGGGUUACUCCUCAACGCGUACAUUCUUUUCGUCAUUGUUAUUACUAAACAGCCAGCAUCAGCGUCAUCAGUGUUAUUGGUACACUUAGGAGCAGUGGGUGCUCUGGCGAGUGGCGUAGCUUUAUGUGGUAGCGAGGGUACUUGUGCGUGUGGGGCACUGCUCCACGCGUUACACCCUCUCCAGCUGUGGACUGUGUGUGGGCUUCACGCGGAUCGUGCUGCUGCUAUUGCUGCACCACUGCAUUAUGCGGCUAUUGUUUCUGCUAAAAAGGUAAUCUUCUGCGUCGCCAGCGGCUGGAUUGCACUAGCUGCCCUUUUGGCGCCACUGGCAGCAAAGCAACCUCCUCUGGUCUACAGCAUUGGUCUCGGAAGCUGUGCUCCUGACUGUGGUGCUGGACCUGCUGCUUUAGGGUUUUGUCUCCUUUACGCAUUGUUAACUCUGUUAUUACCUACUACGCUCGUUCUUCUUUGCAGCCUAAAAAUUUUACGUAUAGCUCGAUAUCACAGACAUCGAAUAGCUGCAGCAAUAUAUGAAGUUACGUUAUCAGCACAAGUUACUGUAACUCAUCAACGUAACCCAUUUUCUCCUCCACCACCUCCCCGAAGACGAGCUUUAUCUGCUGUUUUACAACCAUUAGGAUCAUUGGCAGUCUUGUACUUUCCAUACUAUUGUGUAUUAAUAUGGCCAGCUGUCUCUGUACCCCCACAACCUUUAGCUGCUCUAGCGGCGGCACUUUUGGCCGCGGCUCCUCCUGUCAAUGGCAUUUUAUAUGGAAUUCGUAGUAGAGCUUUUAGAGAUUCUUUACGCAACUAUCGAAGGAAAAGGAUGACGAAAAGUGAAGUUACUCAAGAAAUUCAAGCGAGAACACCUAGUGCUUGUGGAUCUCGACGACCCUCUUUAUCUGCUGGUUCCGGCUGUAUAAGGCCACCGACAACCAGACGACUGUCUGACGCAGCAGCUAUGGGUUUGCGUGGAGCAGAAAGACCGGCACAACGUGCAUCUUCUUGUAAUAUGCUACAAGCUUCUCAAGAAGAUGAAACCCCUAAAUCUCGCACAUCUGCCAUUCCUUUAAUAAGAGCACCACCACACGUUGUUCUUGGGCGAGCACUCGGUUUAGAAGAAGGUGUUAAUAGGGAACGUAGACGACGACAAUCUCCUCGAAUUACAGUAACCAGGGCCAUGUCUGACGAAAGCGAGUCACCUUCUCGUCGACCACUCUGCAGACAACAUUCACGAUCGAGUGGCGCCCUUCUAGGUACUAUGACCUGUUCUCCAGCUCUAUCAAAUCAUAUAAAUAUCGAUAAAGCUGCCGAGGAACAGCUACUACUAUCAUGGCCUCAACGGUCGCAUAUAAUUAAGAAUGAUAUUCUAUAAAACGGGUCUUUUUCUAUAAUAUUAUUGAAAUUGCUAUAUAAAUUGUAAUGUGUAGAAGACAAUAAAUGUGCGUGCAGUUCAGUCGA